CAGUAGAUAGUCGACACGACAGAGGCGAGCCAGGGAGGCGGUGUGGUCUCUGCGGGGGGCAAAGAAAAGGUAGAGAAGGAUAAUGGUGGCUGCACACGUGGGUCUCAUCUCCUCCGGCUGUUGCUUCCCUUCUCUGCCUUGGUUUCCUUCAUUGUCCUUCCCCAAAACCAAGCCGUUUGUCAUGGCAGCAUCGGGUGAAGAUCCAAUCCGUGAAUGGAUUCUAUCAGAAGGAAAGGCAACUCAGAUUACAAGGAUUAGUUCUGUUGGUGGUGGUUGCAUUAAUCUUGCUAGUCGUUAUGACACUGAUGCUGGUUCUUUCUUCGUUAAAACGAACAGGAGUAUCGGGCCAUCAAUGUUUGAGGGGGAGGCUCUUGGUCUUGGUGCUAUGUAUGAAACCAAAUCAAUCCGUGUACCAAGGCCAUUUAAGGUUGGACCACUACCAACCGGUGGCUCUUACAUCAUUAUGGAAUUUAUUGAAUUUGGUAGAUCUAGAGGCGAUCAGGCUGUUUUAGGGAGGAAGCUUGCUGAAAUGCAUAAAGCUGGAAAAUCUGAUAAAGGAUUUGGGUUUGAUGUUGAUAAUACCAUAGGCAGUACUCCUCAGAUAAACACUUGGACAUCAGAUUGGGUCAAGUUUUAUGCAGAGCAUAGAUUGGGUUAUCAGCUGAAAUUGGCAUUAGACCAGUAUGGAGAUUCGACCAUCUAUGCAAAAGGAGAAAAACUGAUGAAGAAUCUGGGGCGGCUUUUUGAAAAUGUGGAGAUAGAGCCUUGCUUGCUACAUGGAGACUUAUGGAGUGGUAAUAUCAGCUCUGACAAGAAUGGAGAGCCUGUUAUACUUGACCCAGCAUGUUACUAUGGACAUAAUGAGGCAGAAUUCGGAAUGUCAUGGUGUGCUGGCUUUGGAGGAUCUUUCUACAAUGGUUAUUUUGAGGUGAUGCCAAAACAAGCAGGGUUCGAGAAGAGGAGAGAUGUGUACAUGUUGUAUCAUUACUUGAACCAUUAUAAUCUAUUUGGAUCUGGCUACAGGUCUUCUGCCAUGUCCAUAAUUGAUGAUUAUCUCCGGAACUUCAACAUCUAAACCUCUACCUUUUCUCCCCUCCUAAUUCAUCUCUCUGCUUCUCGCCUGUAUUCUUUUCCUUCGAAUUUAUACACUUUGCUGCUUCUACAAGCUCUGUAAAUUCUGCUAUCAUGGCAAUUUUCAUUUUUUUUGGUUGCACCUUCAUGACUAUUUUCAUUCCAA